GAAGAGCCAAAACAGGAACAGUGGUAGCAAAUCACUGUGCGUAGGCGAGUGGACCUCCCUCUUUGUCUCCUCCCCAUUCCAGUCUUAGGUCCCUGGAGCUCUGCGCUGUUGUUUUCAGCACUAGGAAAAGCCAGCGCUUCAGAUCCAGGCAAGUGAAAACCAAGCUAGGGAGUUUCCGUUCAGCACCUCGGACAGAACACGCAGCAAAAAAAAAUGGCUCCGAUCACUAACAGCCGGGAAGAAUUUGAUGAAAUCCCCACAGUGGUGGGGAUCUUCAGUGCAUUUGGCCUGGUCUUCACAGUCUCUCUGUUUGCAUGGAUCUGCUGUCAGAGAAAAUCAUCCAAGUCUAAGACUCCUCCAUAUAAGUUUGUGCAUGUGCUAAAGGGAGUUGAUAUUUACCCUGAAAACCUAAAUAGCAAAAAGAACUUUGGGGCAGAUGAGAAAACUCAAGUAAAGAAUAAACCAGCUGUGCCAAAGAAUUUAUUACAUCUUGACCUUGAGAAGAGAGAUCUAAAUGGAAAUUUUCCCAAAACAAACCUCAAAGCUGGCAGCCCUUCUGAUUUGGAGAAUGUGACCCCAAAGCUCUUUCCAGAAGGGGAAAAAGAGAUAAUUUCUCCUGAUAGUUUAAAGUCCAGCACUUCUCUUACUUCAGAUGAAAAACAAGAGAAACUUGGAACCCUCUUCUUCUCCUUAGAGUACAACUUUGAGAAGAAAGCAUUUGUGGUAAAUAUCAAGGAAGCCCGUGGUUUGCCAGCCAUGGAUGAGCAAUCAAUGACCUCUGAUCCAUACAUCAAAAUGAUGAUUCUCCCAGAGAAGAAGCAUAAAGUGAAAACCAGAGUUCUGAGAAAGACCUUGGAUCCAGCUUUUGAUGAGACCUUUACAUUCUAUGGGAUCCCCUAUACCCAGAUCCAAGAGUUGGCCUUGCACUUCACAAUCUUGAGUUUUGAUAGGUUUUCAAGAGAUGAUGUCAUUGGAGAAGUCUUUAUUCCUCUUGCAGGAAUUGAAUUAACUGAUGGAAAAAUGUUAAUGAACAGAGAGAUUAUCAAGAGAAAUGUUAGGAAAUCUUCAGGACGGGGUGAGUUAUUGAUCUCGCUCUGCUACCAGUCCACCACAAAUACUCUCACUGUGGUUGUUUUAAAAGCUCGGCACCUGCCUAAAUCUGAUGUUGCUGGACUUUCAGAUCCCUAUGUUAAAGUGAACCUGUACUAUGCCAAAAAGAGAAUCUCCAAAAAGAAGACUCACGUGAAGAAAUGCACCCCCAACGCAGUGUUCAAUGAACUUUUUGUCUUUGAUAUUCCUUGUGAGGGUCUUGAAGAGAUAAGUGUUGAAUUUCUGGUUUUAGAUUCUGAAAGGGGAUCACGAAAUGAGGUGAUAGGGCGGUUAGUCCUGGGUGCAGCAGCAGAAGGAGCCAGUGGUGAGCACUGGAAGGAGAUCUGUGACUAUCCCAGGAGACAAAUCGCCAAGUGGCAUAUGCUCUGUGAUGGUUAGCAUUCUAGCCAUGAUGAGUUGGAACUUACUGAUUUUUACUAAGUAAGGAGAAGUUUUCUUUUUUUUUUUCUGAUAAGUAAUUGUAAGCUUGUUAAAACAAGCUUUUGAUGUUAUUGUUAGAAAUGAAUUAUCAGACCAGAAAGUAAUUGUAAAUGUGCAUCAUGAUAAUUUCCCUUUUAUUAGAGAAGUUGGAUAAAUUUUAACAAGACAUUCAAUUUCCCCUACAGGUUACCAGGGACAGAUAUAAGAACAGUCAAGCAUUUUGUGAAUACUGCCCUGCAGUCUCAAGUUAUGGAUGUAGUUUAGAAGGUGAUGAUCUCAUUGGAACAAGUCAUUGUAAAUCAGUGUGACUGUAAGGAUUUAGAAAUGAAAAGCAUGACUUCUCUUAUGAAAAUUCACUCCCUGUUUUUCAAGAGGGGAAAUAAAUUUUUCUUUAAAUCCAAAUAUAUUAAAAACAUGUUCCCUAGUUUGUUUUAUUAAUUAUGUCAUAUGCAAACAGUUGUCCUGCAUAUAAAAGUCUAUGGUUAUUUCUCUUUGGUUUGUAAUUAUUUGACACAAUUUUAUCAUAGGAGAAGUAACUUAGAUUUGUUGUUAAAAAAAAUUCAACAAGAUGAGAAAUCAUUUUAUCAAAGGGCUGAUUUGAGAACACUGUAGCUGAAAUAUGAUCCCCCCAAGUUUACUCGUGAGUCAAAAUGUAAAAUAUAACCUCACAUAAGAACCAUGGCUUUGAAUUACUCACCACCUGUCACAAGUUUCAGUGUGGCCUAAGAAAGAUCUAUAUACUUGUGUGAAGUUGUUGAGUUAGCUAGUGUGUAAAGAAACUUCAGCUAGAAAUACAGUUAUAAAUGCAGUUUUCUUAUUGGAAAUAUGUAUAGCGUGCAAGUAUACAUUCAAGAUUAUCCUUAAACAGAGAGGGCAUGGAUAACAAAGUCUUCAUUUAGCUUGUUCUCCCCUAGAAAGAACUAAGCUACUAUUUGAAAAUAAAUGAAGAAAAAAAUUUGUGAGGUUUUUAACACUGCUGGAUAGGAAGUGUUACUUAAGCAAAGAAACUAAUAAAAAAUAGUUAUAUGGUAAGCCUAAUGUACUUUACAUAUGUUCAUACACAAUAUAUUUAGGCUGUCAAAUUAGCACAGCAAAAUAUGUUUCACUAUCUUUUCUAGGCUAAUUUCCCUUGAGCUGUUGUCCUUGGACCAGUUUAUAGGUGUGUGUCUGUCUUGUAUGCUUUCUAGUGCCGGGGCUCUGAAAUUCAUUAAAAACUUAGAUUAUUUGAUUAUUUGGAAAGAAUUAACUUGAUGUAAUAUCUCUGUAUUUGAGUUUUUAGAAAAGUAUGAGUGAAACUUGGGUGCAGUUGAAUUUUAAAUAUGCAAGUUAGAAAUGAAGUCUACUGAAAAAUUUACAUUUUGAGUCAGGUUUUGUGUCAGUGCUUUAGCAGUUUUUGAGAAUGUGUUUGAUAUCACAGUGUUUGUUAAAAUCUAUGACAAUGCAUUUUCAAAACAACUUAUACAUGCUUUAUGACUAUGCCUAAUGUAAAGAAAAUGUUUUACGUUCUAUAUACAACGAUUGAAAUCAACCUUCUUUUUUGUGCUUUAUGAUGAUUUGGGGAUUAAACAAGAAUAUUCCCCAAUCAUUGUCUUCAUGCCUUCACAGUCAUCUCACAGCAUCUUGGUCCACUCAGCAUUUCUGUCAAAGCACUAUGAAAUGAACUAAAGUCAGUAUAUGGUUUGGGGAAAUCAAAUGGCCUUUUUAUGUAUGUAUAUUUGGUAUCAUGAGCCAUGGAAAAUAAUAUAUUUUGGAGCUCUAAAAUGUUGUAAAGAGUCAAUCCUAAGUAUCCUUCACAGCUGCCAGAAGUUAAUGAUGGUACCAAGCAAAGUAUGGUCAUUGGAGGAGGGUGAUUUUUUUUUAAAGUAGAACAACAAAACCAACAACAAAUACU